AUGCUUACGUUGCGUCGACGAGCAGCAGUACGCGCGCUUUUUGGGUCUCCUUUGCACUUGCGUCACCUUACUAUAGCUUUCAAAAAUGUCGCGGAAGAUACGGUACUUACACCAAGGACCGUAGGUUCGUACAUGUCAGAGCGACUGGAAGACUUUACGCCGGAAUAUAUCCGCAACUUUAGCAUUGUUGCACAUAUUGAUCAUGGUAAAUCGACCUUAGCAGACCGACUGCUGGAAACUAGUGGCAAUAUUUCACGUCAGGAACGAGAGAGUGCUCAAUUUCUGGAUAAUUUACAGGUCGAGAGAGAACGAGGUAUUACAGUCAAAGCUCAAACGGCAUCAAUGGUCCAUCGAGACCUAAAAACGGGGAAAACUUUUAUGCUCAAUUUGGUAGAUACUCCGGGACAUGUGGACUUUAGUUACGAAGUCAAUCGCUCCCUCUCGGCCUGUGAAGGAGUGCUACUAUUAGUGGACUGCUCUCAAGGAAUUCAGGCUCAGACAUUGGCAACUUACUAUGCUGCAAAAGAGAGGAAUCUACACGUGGUACCAAUCUUGACCAAGAUCGAUAUGCCACAUGCUGAAAUAGACGACAGUAUCUUGAGUCUAUCGUCUUUACUGGAUGUGGAUCCGGAUGAAGUGCUCUUGACGUCGGCAAAGAGUGGAGAAGGUAUCGAAGAUGUGCUCCCGACAGUGGUGAACAGAUUACCACCACCGGUGAAGUGUGAUCCUAAUGCACCGCUCAGGUGCUUGCUCGUAGACUCAUACUACGAUGACUAUCGUGGAACGGUGUGUCUUGUCAAGGUCGUUGAUGGCGCUAUUUUCCCAGGAGAUAAAAUCUAUAGUGCACACCAAAAAACAAAGCAUGAUGUUCAGGAAACGGGUUUGCUGUUACCUGGACGAUUCAAGACGAAGGGAUUAUACGCUGGUCAGGUGGGAUAUAUCAUCGCAGGUAUGAAAUCUACCACUGAAGCCAAAGUUGGAGACACGUUCUUCCGUGAAAGCGCUGCAUCAGCAGAUUUGAAGGCGUUGCCGGGUUUUCAAGAGGCUCGCAGUAUGGUUUUUGCAAGCAUGUACCCUACUGAUGAAUGCAGUUUUGAUGAAUUGCGCGUUGCCAUUGAGAAGCUUACACUUAACGAUGCAAGCGUGACGACCCAGCAGGAAACUAGUGGUGCGCUGGGCAUGGGCUUCCGCUGCGGUUUCUUGGGGCUUCUGCAUAUGGAAGUGUUUCAUCAGCGACUCUCUGAUGAGCAGGGAAUGCAGGUGUUGGUCACAGCGCCGAUGGUGCCGUACACCGUGAUCGAUUCAAAGGGAGAACAAUUUGCUGUCGAAACCCCGAGCGCGUUUCCUGAAUCAACCAAGUAUUACGAGAUCCUAGAGCCAAUGGUAGAGGCAUCGAUUAUCACUCCGGCAUCAUACUUGGGCCCCGUGCUGUCACUUGUCAAGGAGAAGCGUGGUGUUCAGACGAACCUGGUCUACCUCGAGGACGGACGUAUCAUUGUGACCAUUAGCAUGCCGUGGCAGGAGGUAGUCACCAACUUUUACAACGAGCUCAAGACAAUCUCGUCUGGCUAUGCAACGCUCAAUUACCGCGAGGUCGAGUCACAAAAGUCAGACAUCGUGAAGGUGGACUUGUUGAUUAACGGAAAAGUUCUUGAUGCGCUUUCUUUUGUGUGUCAUCGAAGCCGAGCCACGCUCGAUGGCCGUGCACUAUGCCAAAAGCUGAAGCGUGUUAUUGAUCGACAGCAGUACGAAAUCUCUAUUCAGGCGGCAUUAGGUGGCAAGAUAUUCGCCAAGGAACGGAUUGCGCCAUACCGCAAGGACGUACUAAUCAAGUCCGGCAAAACUGUUGGUGGAGGUGAUAGCACCCGAAAGAAAAAGCUGCUUGCCAAACAAAAGCAAGGCAAACGUCGCAUGAAAACGGUAUCGAACGUGCAGCUUUCGCAGGAUGCUUUCUGGUCCGUUCUUUCCAAAUAA